AUGGAGGAUAAUAAAUCCAACACCUCGAAUCUGCAGCCGGUCGUUGAAACGAUACACGCGCCGCGGCUUAAUCCACCCAAUAUGGCCGACGCGAACAUCGAAACUUACUUCAUGUCACUGGAGUUCUGGUUCGCAGCCUCUGGAAUCGGGCCGCAACAUGACUCCCGUAAGUUCAACAUUGUGAUGGCACAAGUGCCCCCAAAUAAAUUGACCGAACUGAGGUCGAUUAUUGAGGCCACUCCAGCAAGCGACAAGUACACCUACAUUAAGACGAAGCUCAUCGAGUAUUUCGCCGAUAGUCAACAGCGGCGCCUGCAACGUGUUUUGUCGGAUAUGCCAUUAGGGGAUCUAAAGCCAAGUCAACUCUACAACGAGAUGAAACGAGUUGCGGGUAAUUCCCUAGCCGACACUGUAUUGGUUGACUUGUGGGCGACUCGAUUACCUCCGCAUGCUCAAGCCGCAGUUAUUGCAUCGAGAGGCGACACGAACGACAAAAUCACCAUUGCUGACGCCAUCGUGGAUUCUAUGGGACUACGAAAAAUCCACGCAAUCGAAUACAAUGGACCAAAUUCAGCAAUGGCGACUUCACAUGGUGCAGAGACAGCAGCUAGCGAUCCGAUCCAGGAGCUUAAACGGGAAAUCGCUGAGCUCUCCAAAAGGCUUGAUAAAGUGCUACCCAUUCAGCGGAAUAUACGCAGUCGGCCGCGUUCCCGUUCUCGAGGAAAUGAGCAGCAGUACCCUCGCCAGUCAAGAGAGUCAUCGGUUGGGUUGUGCUGGUAUCAUCGUACGUUCGGAAACGAUGCCCGCAGAUGCCUCCAACCCUGCUCAAGUGACCACCACGUUUCCUCUAGCCAACAAUGA